GGUAGGAGGGGGGCUGUUUAUAACUUUGGAAAACAGACACCCAGUGUGUGUUUGAGUGUGUUUCUUCGUCUCCCUCCAAUCCCACCUCCAACCCCUCCGAACCAGCACGGGAGCAGCCGCUGGUCGGAGCGAGUGCGCCGCUGUGGGGCCGCAGUGCGCGCCGACCGGAGGGGGCUGGCUCUGUUGAUUGAAUCCAGCUGUUGGGGAAAAGUUGCGCGGAAGGGGGGCCCGCGGAUUUGCAUUGCUAAAUAAUCUGUGCAGCGGGACGGGACGGAGCGGAGGUUAGAAAACGAGAGGCGGUCGCGGUUUCCUUCUGCAACACUUGGUUUCAUGUGCCGAAGCUCCAGGUCGACCAGACAGCCGUUAAUGAAAACCUGGUGUCCGCUCUCGCGUAAAAAGGCGCAUAGUUCUGGGGGGUGGCGGCGGUGAAGGGAUCUAAACCUUUCCUUUUUCUAGGGAGCUCUCUAGAAACUGUAAAACCAUGCUUUUGGAAAUACGUGGCUUCAGGUUUUGCUCUCCUGCGAGGAUGUUGGCAGCUCUGGUAUUUAUUCUGCUUUGUGUCCAGCCUGGACAUGGACAGACCUGCACAGAAGGUUUUGCAUUUGACCGCAGGUCGAGACAGUGUAUAGAUGUGGAUGAAUGCCGUACCCUGCCAGAGCCGUGCUUUGGAGCAAUGGGCUGCGUGAACCAGAACGGAGGUUACCUGUGCCUCCCCAGGAACUUGUACAACCGGCAGUACAGGCAGGACACGCCCGCCGUGCCCGACCAGGUUUACCAGGACCCCUCGGCUGGCUUUUCAGACACCUUUCUGCCAGCUGUUCCAGGAGGCGGAGGUGGUCGAGGUGCAGUAGAGCCCAGCUACCCCAGAGUGAGGACCACGGCGCAAUGCAUCCUGGGAUAUACUCUUGCAGAGGAUGGCACCUGUAAUGACAUUGAUGAAUGUGAGACCAACUCCCACCACUGUAACCCCACCCAGGUCUGCAUCAACACCUCAGGCGGCUACACCUGCUCCUGCACUGAGGGCUACUGGCUCAUCGGUGGACAGUGUCAGGAUAUCGAUGAAUGUCGCUACGGUUACUGCCAGCAGCUUUGUGCCAACGUUCCCGGAUCUUAUUCCUGCUCCUGUAAUCCUGGAUUCAUCCUCAACCCGGACAGCAGGACGUGUCAAGAUGUGGACGAGUGUGAAGAUGAACCCUGCAGUCACGGCUGCUUCAACACCUACGGAUCCUUCAUGUGCAACUGUGACGAAGGCUUCGAGCUGGCGGCUGACGGCACCACGUGUAUCGACUUGGAUGAGUGCAGUUUCUCUGAGUUUCUGUGUCAGCACAGAUGUGUGAACACGCCGGGUUCUUUCUCCUGCAUCUGUCCGCCUGGAUAUUAUGUGUUCGAGGACGGCAGGAGCUGUGAAGAUGUCAAUGAAUGUGACACUGGUAACAACACCUGUACAACAGCACAAGUAUGUUUCAAUUUCCAGGGAGGCUAUACAUGCCUGGAUCCUUUACAGUGUCGCCCUCCUUACAUCGAAGUUAGUGACAAUCAGUGCAUGUGUUCGGCAGAGAACCCUGCCUGCAGGGACAAACCCUUCACCAUUCUGUACCGACACAUGGACUUGUCGUCGGGGCGCAGUGUGCCUGCAGAUAUCUUCCAGAUGCAGGCCACCACGCGCUACCCCGGCGCCUUCUACAUCUUCCAGAUAAAGUCGGGCAACGAUGGACGAGAGUUUUACAUGAGGCAAACCAGCAACGUGAGCGCCACGCUGGUGCUGUCGCGGCCGAUCAAAGGCCCCAAGCAGGUGGUCCUGGACCUGGAGAUGGUCACGGUCAACAACGUCAUCAACUUCAGAGGCAGCUCCAUCAUCCGUCUGACGAUAUUCGUGUCCGAGCAUCCGUUCUGAGCAACAUGAACUUCAGAAAGUCCUGCAGCUGAUGUCAUGGUUUGUCUGAGACGGCUCAACCCCUUUAUUCCUGUCAUGAUGUCAUCCUCCAUAAAGACCCGUCCGAUCAGGACUCCGGCCAGAGAUGGGAAGACGCUCCUCUGCCUGAAUCCCCGCCCCGGUUUAAUGGACACUGAGUUUUUUACGGCUGGACACUGAAGGAUGUUUGUGGUGUACAAUUUCUGACAUCCUCUAUCCAGACCUGAAGUUUAUAUCAGCGUGUAUUUUCUCUGUGAAUCUUCAUCCCUUCACGUAAAGCUGUGACUUCGAUGCUGCCAUCUGAGGAGAGCCGCUUGUGUAAUUGUGUCGGUGUUUGAGAUGAUGUAACGAAGCAGCCAUUAACUGAAUUAUUGAUCACAGUUUCUUUUAGACCAAUAAAUGUCUUCACACCA